GAACUGUCAGCUGUCAGUCAUCUGUCAGUGAAUCACAACACAACACAGUCACAAUUUGUGAUUUAUUUCGGAUUUUGAACAACAAAAUAGUGUAAGAAGUUAUAUUUGAGUGAUUUCAUAUUUCCAAGAAAAGAAAAUGCUCGAAGUAACAUGCAACGAUCGUCUUGGGAAGAAAGUCAGAGUCAAGUGCAAUCCAGACGACACAGUUGGCGAUUUGAAGAAGCUGAUCGCAGCCCAGACCGGCACACGAUACGAUAAAAUUGUAUUGAAGAAAUGGUACACAGUAUUCAAGGACCACAUCAAACUCUCUGACUAUGAAAUCCAUGAUGGCAUGAAUUUGGAGUUGUACUACCAAUAAGAAGUGGAAGACUAAUAUAAUUAAAAUUAUUUUUAAGUAAACCAUUAAGUUAAUAAAUAUACUUUUUUAUUAUAAUGGAAAAUGUCUAUAGAUACUUGAAAAUAGCCAUAACCUGUGAGGGAUAAAACAAUCUAACUAGUGCUUAUUUUUGGUUUUGUGUACAAGCAAAUCUUGGUUGUCCAUUUACCUAAUAAUAUGUCAUUAGUACCUACAUCAUUAUUAGUCCUGUCAAUCUGGAGAUAAAUAUGAAAAAACUGUUUGAGUCA